UUAACAACAGCCUGCUACAUAGUUGCUGCUAUGAUAGAAUUUCCUAAGGUGAUGUAGCUUCAUUUAAGCAAUAAAAGCGUUCUGACUUGAGUAAAACCUUCAAAAUGCGUCGAGCGUUCCAUGUGAUAUUGAUUCUUUUAUUGGCGAGCCUGGCCGUAAUAGGCAGAGUAAGCGCUUAUAAUAGUAGUUCUGGCGAUACGUUAAAGCCUAAAAACUGCACUGGCAAAACCACUGUUGUACCCGGAGGUUCAGGUAAUUCGACGGUAGAAGAAAAACAAACAGCUGGUACUAACACCGCACCUCUAACAACUGUUACCACUACACCUCCACCAGCUGCUUUAGAGCCUUCUCCUUCUCGCCACGUGGACUUCGAUGCAGCGUUUUUGUGGACUAGAGGAUAUAUGGAGGGAAAGCAGUACGAGAUCAUCGGGGCGGACAACGCGUCGGUGUCGCAGAGCCACUUCCUGGCGUCGGCCGACACGUACCUCAUCGUGCACGGCUUCUUAUCCCACGCCCUCGUGCCCUGGGUGUUGUUUCUCAAAGACAAAAUACUGGCACGCGGGAACAGCAACGUCAUCGCCGUGCAGUGGGCGUCUGGGGACAACUUCACCGAGCUUGCCUAUAAUAAAACGUCAGAUACGGUUCCCGGCAUUGGCGCGGCGGUGUCGCGGCUGCUGACAACGUUGCAGGCCGUGCGCGGUCUCGACUACACGCGCCUACACGCCAUCGGCCUCAACUUGGGCGCCCACAUCGCCGGCUUCGCAGCCAAGAACAGCCCCUACCCUUUCGGCCGCAUCACAGGCCUGGAUCCUGCCAGCAAAAGAUAUUUGGACACUUCGCCUAAAGAGCGCCUCGACAAAAGCGAUGCUCUCUAUGUCGACAUUAUGCACACCAACAGCUGCAACAACUGGAACAGGUGGUAUGACUGCUUUGGUAUUUACAUGAGCAUCGGCCACACGGACUUCUGGCCUAACGGGGGCUCCUUCCAGCCGGCGUGCAAGAAGACGGAGAGCCACCACGUUGGAGACGGCCCGCUGAGGUGUGACCACACGAUCGUGACGGAGUAUUUCCUCGAAAGUUUUGAUUACGACAUCACGAGCACAAAGUUCUUGGCGAGUCCCGCCAAGAACUACCGCGCCUACUGUGUCGACCCCGUCAUCCACUGCGGCCCCCUGCCUCAGUACAUGGGCAUCCUCGCCGACAGCGGCUCCUCCGGGGACUAUUUCCUGAACACGACUUCGGUGGCACCAUACGCCAUUGAGGACAAGUCUUGCCCCAGCCGAGUACGCCAAUCUGAGCUCGCCGCGACUGCCUUCAUGGCCAUCAUCACCGUGCUCAUCUUGAUCGUCGGCAUCUUGCUCAUCUUGGUCGUCACCUUGGUCUACAUCUUGGUCGUCAUAUUUUCCAUCGUCUGCAUUAAAGUCAAGGGGAUCUUCAAGAGGAAGGCUGAAAGCGCAGACAUGACCGACCCUCUGCUCGGGGACGCGCCCCAGGACCGCGUCGGGGAUGGUCAGAAAGGGGCCUAAAGCUCGGCCAUCCUGGGCAGCGUCGCUCGCAGCUUCGCCGGCGUCGUAAGCAGGCCUGCCGACGUCUGAAGGAAGCGCCCUGGACACCUUGGUAUUUGGUCAGAGGUAUCCGUGAAGAAGAUUGUAUUGCAUUUUUUUCAGUUAUAAAUUCACUCGAGAAUAUUGUACUACGAAGUCCGUCGUGGCAUUUAUGUGACCUUUUAAAAGCUCAGUGUUACCUUGUGAUCUAACUUGACUGUCCGUGACUUGUGACUGUAGAACUUGGCUGGCCGUGUCUUGUGACUAUAGAACUUGGCUGGCCGUGACUUGUGACUGUAGAACUUGACUGACCGUGACGUGUAACUGUCGAACUUGGCUGGCCGCUACUUGUGACUGUCGAACUUGGCUGGCCGUGACUUGUGACUGUCGAACUUGGCUGACCUUGACGUGUAACUGUCGAACCUGGCUGGCCGUGACUUGUGACUGUCGAACUUGGCUGGCCGUGACGUGUAACUGUCUAACUUGGCUUGCCGUGACCUGUGACUGUCGAACUUGGCUGACCUUGACGUGUAACUGUCGAACCUGGCUGGCCGUGACUUGUGACUGUAGAACUUGGCUGGCCGUGACUUGUGACUGUCAAACUUCGUUACCGUGGCUUGAAAUUUUCGGACUUUGUCGUACCAAUAAUACCCUCUUCAAAAGUUGAGAAUUUUUUGUUCACUUGCUUUUUCAUUUUAGUGUAAUAACUUUCUUAUUCGUUAAGUGGACGCUAAUUAUUAAUUACAAGCACCGACAUGAAUUAUAUUCUUUAAUGUCGCAUGGCUGAUGUAGUAUAGCAUUUGUUGGGUGUUGUAACCAUCUAAUGAAGAGCACUGAUGCUCACAACAUGUAUGCGCACUUUUCUGAUCUGAAGGAUUAUGUGAGGUGUCAUUAUAUCCUGCAAGUAUUGUUAGUAUGUCGCUGCUCACUAAAAAUCCUGCAAAUUUGCGUAUUCAGACUAGUGCUGGCCUUAGUCCCAUAAUAAGCCUGGAGUGUUCCAGCUCGCAGCGUAACAAAUGUUCUCAAAAUGUCACACAAUUCUCACAUCUUGUACUCCGCGUGAUUGAGAUGCAGUUAAUUAAGUUGAUAUUAACAUUGCACUCAAGGCCAGUGAAACCUUAGGAAUUGUUCUUCACUUCGAUGUCAUUGUUCCCCGUCAUUAAAGAAACUGCCCUACGCGCGGUGAUUCGACCCCCCACUGCUGCAUGAGCUGGUACUGGACGGCGCGUAUUGUAGAAAAUUAAGAUGCCUCCCGAACAAUGUGGUUGAAAAUUAUUAAUACAAUGAUUGAAAUGUUUGCAGAUUCCGUUUCUUUGGUUCCUGAAUGUCUGUUUCUUAAUUGUAAUAUCGCUGCUUUUUUUGUCAGCUUCAACGUGCUGGGCAUUAAAGACUUUCGUCCCUUGC